UGGACGGGACGCUCCUUCAACAACAACAGUUAGUCAGACACCUCGGUAGCUUUCUAGCAAACAUAGCUACAACAUUCACGCUCUUUACACUGUUUUGGUGUAUAUUAGUCGCUGUGUAUUAAACACACUUCUGUUGUAUGUACAUACUUGUUGGCCCAUUUAAUUAUAUAUUUACGUUGUUUGUCAGCUAGCUGGUUUGCUAGGUUAAUUUAGAACUAGGCUAGUCGCUAAUGCUAGCUAGCUAACAUCCCUGACCAUGAGUUCACUAAGCUACUCUCCUCCUGGUAAAGAAGAGGGGGUCUGCUGGACGGAGAAAAAAGCUCUCGUGAAAGAGGAGGAGGAAGAGGAGGCUGUUACAAUACAAAAACUAGUAGAGGGUGAGGCUGUUACAGUGAAAGAAGAAGAGAAAGACGUUUCAGUGAAAGAAGAGGAAGAUACGUUCAGAGUGAAAGAGGAGGAGGAUGUUACAGUAAAAGAAGAGGAGGCUGUUACAGUGAAAGAAGAAGAGAAAGACGUUUCAGUGAAAGAAGAGGAAGAUACGUUCAGAGUGAAAGAGGAGGAGGAUGUUACAGUAAAAGAAGAGGAGGAAGAGAAAGAGGAAGAUGCAGUUUUUGGAGUGAAAGAGGAGGUGGGGGAGAUGACUGUCACAUCGAAAAAGGAGGAGGAAGAAGAGGAGGAAACUGAAUUUCUGGUCCCGGUUUCCCAAACGCAUCUUAAGGCAUCCAAUGGUUCUAACAAUGAACUUAGCCGUAAGAUGGUUUUGGGAAACCGGGCCCUGAUUAACACUAGAGAGAGACGUGACUAUCAUGGAUCCUCUGGGGAGCCUCAACAACAUCAUGAAGCAGAAAAAAGUCUCUCCAGAUCAAAACACCCCAAGAAACACCAGCAGAGACCCACAGGGAAGAAAACUCACCCCUGCUCUGACUGUGGAAAGUGUUUUGUUUCUUCAGGAUGUUUAAAAUCACACCAGAGAACACACACAGGAGAGAAACCUUAUAGCUGUGAUCAAUGUGGGAAGAGAUAUGUUACAUCUAGCGGUCUGACUAAACACCAGAGAACGCACACAGGAGAGAAACCGUAUAACUGUAACCAAUGUGGGAAGAGUUUUACUCAGUCAUCCAGUCUGAUAUUACACCAGAGAACACACACAGGAGAGAAACCGUAUAGCUGUAUUCAAUGUGGGAAGAGUUUUACUCAGUCAUUCAGCCUAAUAUUACACCAUAGAACACACACAGGAGAGAAAUCUUAUAUCUGUGCGCAAUGCGGGAAGAGAUUCGCCUCCUCAGCAGACAUUAAAAUUCACCAGAAAAUUCACACAGGAGAGAGACCUUUUAGCUGCUCUGACUGUGGAAAGAGUUUUGUUCGCUCAGGACAAUUAAAAUCACACCAGAGAACACACACAGUAGAGAAACCGUAUAGCUGUAAUCAAUGUGGGAAGAGUUUUACUCAGUCAGGCAACCUGGUAUCACACCAGAGAAGACACACAGGAGAGAAACCUUAUAGCUGUGAUCAAUGUGGGAAGAGUUUUACUCAGUCAGGCAACCUGGUAUCACACCAGAGAACACACACAGGAAAUAAACCUUUUAGCUGUGAUGAAUGUGGAAAGAGUUUUACUACAUCUAACCACCUUAUUGUACACCAGAGAACACACACAGGAAAUAAACCUCAUAGCUGUGAUCAAUGUGACAAGAGAUACUCUGAUAAAAGAUCUCUGAUCAAACAUCAGAAAAUACAUGGAGUUGUUUCAUGAUAUCAAUGAAAUAAUGUAGAAUGUUUUAACAUUGUAGUAGGAGUAUUUUAAUGAUGUCACAAUGUAGAAUGUUUUAACAUUGUAGUAGCAGUAUUUGAAUGAUGUCACAAUGUAGAAGCCUAAACGUUUUCCCCCUGUUCUAUUGAUUUCAGCAUGAUAUGGAUAUUAGCCUCAGGGGGAAAAUCCAGGCUCUGAAUUGAAAGAGUACUAUUUAUAUAAUUUAACAAAACGUGACUGACAAAAAAAGUUGUUACUCUUAACAGUGUUGCAUUCCUUUGUUUAGCGACCCCUAAAUUGAAAGGCAUCACUCUAAAAUAUAGCUAACUGUCUUCUGCAGGUUGUCCUCUAACCAGUGAGGUAAAGGAUAUCUCCCAUUUCCAUGUGUUAGUUUCAACAGCACGUACAACCUGAUUUCCCCCCCUAAUCGAUAUCAGUGAUUUAUUGCUACUUGUCAAAAUGUAUUAACAAUCCUACAUCACUCCAGUAUUUCUUUACAACAUUCAAGUGCUAAUUGUCUUUAUUCCACUACUGAAGAAGCAUGUCUCAAAUCACCUCAUUUCAAACAUCCAGCCUGACAAAAGAUACAUGUUUUAUUAUUCCAUCUCUCACCAUUAAGUGAAUUAUUGCCAAUACAUAUUAACAAAGGGGGUGUACAUUUGGUUUUGAUAUUUCAUAUUUACAAUUUAUGUAACAUUUAGUAAUCAUAAUUAUUUAUGCAACCAGCUGACCAUUUUUGGGUACAUUUAUAUUGACAUUGUUGCCCUGCUUUUAGAAUACCAGGGUUAAUUCUCAGAUGUGCCAACCCAAAUGUACUAGAGCAUGACAUUGGGGACUGGGCCCAGAUCCAACAACAUGCCUAUUGAGUGAACCCUGAAAAGAGAGAGAAGCUCCUCAGUGAGGUGGAAAGUUACUUCGGAUAUUGCAGGAGUUUCCUCUUGAAAUCAGACCAUGGUAAGGACAACUUGGUUGCUGAAAUUCUCAAUGGUGGGCAGUCAAAAAUAUUUAGCGUUUAGCCAGUGCAUUGCCAUGGAUCCCAAUUUAUUUUGACUCCACGAUUUUCUGUAUUGGAGAUUAGUUUUGUUUGGGCUCGUUCCAAGGGGACGAGAGUUCUAGAAGUUAGUGAGUUCAAAAAAUAUAAUUUUUGUAGAAAAAUGUAUAUAUUUAGAAAUGCGUGUUUUUUCUUGUUUUUAAUUGUUGACAGCCAGUAGACACCAUGUUUAUAUUGGUGAAGGUGAAGCAUUGUAGUUGAUUAUAAUGUGAAAUGGCAGUUGUUUUCUGUUGGUGGUGAGCAAACUUGUCCAACAAAAAUAUAGGAUAUCUUGGGCAGAUUUAGUGGGUCUCAUGGUGGGUGUCUUUUAGGUUCCAGUUGUUGUUACUAGUCAUCUUUCAGUGGACACCCCCGUAGUGUCUUUCAGAGCCCCUCCUAAAAUCCCACCUGUUUAGUUGUGGUUGUUGUCAGUGACUCUGUUAGUUCCCUCUUCUAUAUAAGCGACAUGUUUUGUUUUCUUGCUGGGGAACAUAACAACAAACAAUGGAGUAAAACAAGCUUAUAUUUUGGGUUGGAUGUUGCAUCAUAUUGUUAAUAUUUUAAUCGAUGGCAUUUUUGUGGAAAAUAUUUCUUUCUAUUUUAAUCUUUUUAAUAUGUUUUUUUCCUGUGAAGUCAUUGCAUUGCAUCCAUGUCUGAAAUGUGCUGUAUAAAUAAAGCUUGUUUUGAUUUGAA